CCUGACCUCGACCUAGCUGAUGACCAACCUCAACAUCAGCGUCAACGCCAAAGACCUCGCAGUCAAGGAGCUUUUCUUCUCCUUCCCUUUAUCGGCAGUUUCCUUUCUUCAUCCUGGCUGCUGGGUUUUCUGGUUACUUUCUUCUUUCUCACCUGUAAUAUUAUUAAUCAUGGUUCUGGAGUUACACGUCUGGGGUCCGGCGUUCGGCCUACCUUCGAUCGAUCCCCAAUGUCUGGCCACCAUUGCAUACUUCUCUCUUGCUAUCGGUCCGAAUAAUGGUGGAUCAGACAAAUGGGUGUUGGUUGCAGACAGCGAUCCUGGAAGAGUACCAACGCAUGAACUACCUGCGCUUUGGACAGGCUCACGAUGGAUUAGUCGAUUUCGCAACAUUGUCGAUUUUUUGAAAAAAUCUUCUGGGGGAGAGUGGGAUCUCAACAGGUGGUUGGAUGAACGGGAAACGGCUGACUGCAUCGCCUUCUCGAGUUUUUUUGAAUGCUAUGGACAACCGUUAAUUGAUCUUUCGCUAUACGUUUCGAGUGAAAACUACUAUGCAACUACUUCACCUGCAUAUGGAUCCCUCCUGCAAUGGCCGAACCAGUGGAUACUGCCGCCUCGACUACGAUCAAGGGCAAAGGCUCGCACAGAACACCUUGGACUAUCGCACCUUGACCUAGAUGCGACGGAAGAGAAGCAAAAGGAGCAACAAGGUGGACGACAGGCGCUAUCUGCAUCAAGUCAGAUACCAAAGAGUCUUGCUACUAAGUCUCAAGAAACGAUAAGUGGGCUCCUAAGCAAGUCGUCGCAGCAAAGUCGCAUCCGACUAGAUGGAUUAACAGAAGAAUUCGUGAGUCCACUGGUAGAGCUGCUGGACGGGAAAGGAUACCUAUUGAACAACGAUAUGGCGUGUAGUCUAGAUUGUGUGGCCCUGGGAUACCUAUCACUGGCGAUCUUUCCAGAGACGCCGUCACCAUGGCUUCGAGAAGGCGUGCAUAAAUAUUCACCGCAAUUGGUGAAGUAUUUUGAGAAGCUCCAAUUGAAAUGCUACGGCGGAAAGGUUGAAUCAGUCGAUACUAGUCGGACUGCCACAACACUACCAUGGCAGGAAUCUGAGCCAGCAAGUAUAGCAGGGAUCGGUCUUAGUAUCGCAGAGUCUCUUGCAGAUGCCAUCCCAAUCGUGAGAGACAUUCGAGCUAGCAGGCGCAUUCAACAGCUGAGCAAAGAUGUUUCUGCUGAACAUGAGCAAAAAAUUAUGGAGUUAGUCGCCCAGAGUAGGCGACGAGAAGCUAUAACAUCAGCGUUGACGGUGGUAGCUGGGAUUGGGAUGCUUGCCUGGUAUCUCGUCGCAGGGAUAGGCCUCGAGCUGCAGUUUUCUGACAGCGCACAGCAACAGGACGGAGAUGGAGAUGGUCCCGAAGCUGCUGGUCAAGAAACAGCAGUAGCGACCCCAAGCUCGUCAUUUGGAGAAGCUGGCGAGAUACUCGGGCUACAUUAAUAACCAGUCCUUUUACUAGGGCCCUUAUUCGCUCUUUGAGCUUCAACCUGUUCUUUAUCUGGCUCAUACUACUGUUCGUCUCGCGUGUGGGUAUCCAUGCUGUUUCAUCACGGAUCAUCCAACAGGCUACUCCUUAUCUGCGGUAUUAUCAUGCAUCUCCUUACCAAAACUCACUCCUCCCCUCCUUUGACGCUGGCUGUUUCCCGGUGCUUUUUCCUACUGGACCCUUUUUGUCUCCCUGUUUAACACAGCCAAUG